CUGCUACCUUUGUACCUACGCACGUAGUAUACGAAUCCUGCAGGAGCUAUAGGUCGCCGAUGGGCUUGCCCACCCAGAAGCGGGUGCGAGCCUCUUGUCCGAGGAGGUCGGCGACCACACUGUCCACCCACGUAACAAAAAUGCAUCCCAUGCCUUCCCGUAGAAGCCGUUCAAGAACCUGACCGGCAUUAAAAGCCAGCCCGGCUCCGCUCCCCCGUCGUCCCCAAAACUUCAACCCCACAGAUGCCGAGACGGGGGAAUACUGUGCACAGCCAAACCAACCCAAACCAACACAGCCCAACCACCAACCAUGGCCAUCCAGCAGCCCGACAAGCUCCUCAACCUCUUCAAGGACCAGCCGCUCGCGGAGCACGGCAGCCGCUGGGACGGCCUCUGGAGGGAGGAGUUCACGCCCUGGGACCGCGCCGGCCCGAGCAUGGCCCUGCAGGACCUGCUCGCCGACCGGCCCGACCUGGUCCCGCCGCCGCCGCCGCCGUCCGCCGCCGCCAGGCCCAAGGCGCUCGUGCCCGGCUGCGGCCGCGGCUACGACGUGCUCCUGCUCGCCGCCUUCGGCUACGACGCCUACGGCGUCGACUACUCGGCCGAGGCCACCAAGGAGGCCGCGCUGUACCAGGAAAAGAUCCGGGCGGAAAAUGACGAGAGGUACAGGCCGAGGGACGGCCGGGCGCAGGGGCAUGUCAAAUGGCUCACCGGCGACUUCUUUGCCGACGACUGGAUCCGCGAGGCCGGUGCGGACAAGUUUGAUCUCAUAUUCGACUAUACCUUUUUCUGUGCACUCCCCGUCUCGGCCCGGCCGGCGUGGGCCGGCCGCCUGACGCAGCUCCUCGCGCCGGGCGGCCGCGUCGUGUGCCUACAGUGGCCGACGGAGAAGCCGUGGUCGACGGGCGGGCCGCCGUGGGGGGGUGAGGCCCGAGCACCACGUGGCGCACCUGGCCCGCCCGGGCGAGGACGUCGGGUACGACGACGAGGGCCGCAUCGCGGGCGGCGAGGAGGCUGCGGCGGCGGCGGCCCGAUCCGCCGCGGGGCUCAGGCGCCUGGAGCUGAUCGUGCCGCGGCGGACGCACCAGGCCGGCGUGCUGGAGGACGGGACCGUCCGGGACCGGAUAGCCGUGUUUAGCCACUGACUGUGCAGCGCAGCGAGUCUAGUUUGUAUUUUGAUGGGGUUAUGUAAAGUGUUCAAAUAAGUGGCCCUUGUCUUGGCGCUCGGCGGCCUUUUUCAUCAUGAUUACCAUUACAAGAACGAAUGCCCUGGCAACAAAAGACGCCCGUUCCCAG